AUGGAAGUCUUUCUUCACCAUGUCCCAGCGGAUCUUAACCGGCACGGCUUCAAACGCGAACUUCAGCCCUUCAUGAAAACCCUUCGAAUUCAAGACUUUAUUUGCGAGAAGCCCAGAAAGAAACGUUUUGGCACUAUCACCUUUCUGCAUGUCGACGAUGCAGAAAGGUUUCUGCAGGCACAUGGUGAAAAGCCAAAUCCUCUCGGGGGCUUCAAGUCAAAUCUGAAACUCAUGGGGGUGAGUGUGUGUUGUAAAUCAAGCAGAUAUCCGCCAAAGCCCUUCGCAUUGCGGACGUUAGAGCACGAGGCUCAAGAAAGGGCAAAGGGUCACCGGGAGCGGCCAGAGGAGUCAGUCGUUUUUGGAAUGCAGCAAUACAGCUGUGGAAGAUGCGACUUUGUCGGGGAGCAGUUGACAUACAACCCUGAGCUUCAGUGGUCAGCAAGAGGAACUAUCAAAUUCAAGACGCGAUCUAUGAUAGUCCACGUUAUUCCUGACUGUCGGAUUCGCAUACCACUUUCUACCAUUGUUAGCUUAAUAUACUCGACUGACGGUACUCUUACAGUUACCCUCUCUGAUGUGCCCUUCUUCUUUAAGGUAAUAGGGACUUCCUACAAUUCGUUAGGAAUCGAAUCCAGUCGGGUACGUCUGUCCAAUCUAGGGAACGGACAUGAUCAGAUAGUUGGGCAGUGCUUGGUUUAUCAGUUCAAAGUUUCUGUGGUUCACUUUAGGGCAAAUAUAGAAAAGCUCAAAGAUUGGGAGAUAACCAUCUAUCGGUACAACCUGACCACAGCAAGGCCCCUAUUAUGCUCACAGGCAGUCUCCGUUGAGUUUCACAAACUGCUGAGUGAGCUAGCAGAAUGUACGCGCAAUAGAUCUGUGCCAUUUGGGAUUCUCUUCCAGCUUCAGGCAUUGGCACAAAAUGCAUACCUUCAUCCCACCACUAGCCGCAAACUGGCCGAAGGAUUACGCAAAAGGUUCGCUGAGGAUGAAGCAGCCGGACGGGAUCCUAUCACCGUGGACGGAAUGAGAAAGCUUUUUAAUAUGAUCGGCUGGCCGUUUCCUGGAGAUGAUCCGCGGGUCUAUGAGGUAGACUUCCUUGUGGCGACGCUUGAGGCGAACCACAGAGAGAUACAAGAUGGCUUCGCCUAUCGAGAAGGACUUCAUGAGAACACAGUUAACAUGACAAAGGUCCAUCGAGUCAAUGUAACCCCUACCCGAAUCACACUGCAUGGGCCCGAAAUGGAACCGCAGAAUCGAAUUCUGCGCAAGUUUCCCAACCAUCACGAGUACUUCAUCCGUGUACAGUUCUGUGAUGAGAAUGGAGAAGAUUUGCUCUUCAAUGCAAAUGUGGACUACAAGGAUAUCUUUGGGCGCUUCAUAGACAUUAUGACAAGGGGGAUCCAGAUUGCCGGUCGCACAUAUAACUUUCUCGGGUUUUCGCAUUCCUCAUUGCGAUCCCGCGCGGUUUGGUUCUCUUCUCCAUUCGUCGACGAUAAUGGCCACAUGCAGACAUACUUUUCGAUCGUCAGUGCAAUAGGCAAAUUCUCACAUAUAACGUCACCGGCACGAUGCGCAGCCAGAAUUGGCCAGGCCUUUACUGAGACGCCCUUCAUGGUCCCAUUAGAAAAGCAUGGGGUGCUAGUCUCAACGAUUCCAGACCUCACGUCUCCAGAUGGUUCACGGGUCUUCAGUGAUGGGGUCGGUGCCAUCUCGCGCGAGGUGGUGGCAAGCAUUUGGGCCGAUAUACCACUAAAAAGGGGGAAUCCCACAUGCUUCCAGAUUCGCUUGGGUGGGGCGAAAGGCAUGCUUGCUGCUGACAGCCGAUUACGUACUGCGGUCAUUCAGAUACGUCCAUCAAUGAUCAAGUUCGAUAGCGAGGAUAUGAAAAACCUGGAAAUUUGCAAUAUGGCAUCCAGACCCUAUCCCAUGGUUCUAAAUCGUCAAGUGAUUAAGAUUUUAGAGGAUAUGGGUGCCUCAAAGGACUGGUUCUUCCAAAUGCAGAACGAAGAACUGACGCGACUUCAAUCUAUCACCGUCAGUACGGAUAAGACAGCAAGGUUUCUCAAGGAUAAGUCAGUCGCUGAGUGUAUUGGUCUUUAUCGACUAUACCGCCAAUGUUACUGGACACGCCUGAAUUACAAGAAGGACGGCUUCCUCCGAGCAAUUGUUGAGGCUGUGGUUCUUAGGGAGCUCCGGCUCCUGAAGCACAAAGCGCGUAUCCCAGUGAAGAAAGGCAUGACACUCUAUGGGGUUAUAGAUGAGACAGGCUUCCUUCAAGAAGGUGAGGUUUAUGUGACAUUUGAUCGCAUGGAAGGGCGAUAUGCGGCACCUCCUGGGCCUGGGCAUAUCUUGGUGACUCGGUCGCCUGCGCUUCACUGUGGUGACAUUCAACGUGCCCAAAAUGUCAUACCCCCAGAGGACCAUCCCUUAAGGUAUCAUCGUAAUUGCAUUGUAUUCAGUCAGAAGGGAAGCCGGGACUUGCCUAGUAAGUUGAGUGGAGGAGAUCUCGAUGGGGAUUUGUAUCAUGUCAUCUGGGAUCCUGAACUAGAGAGUGUUGAGACAUUUGCCCCCGCAGAUUACCCGCGUCCCACAUCUAUUGACAUUGGGCGAGAUGUGAGGGUAGAUGACAUGGCUGCAUUCUUUGUAGAAUUCAUGCGGUCCGAUAUUCUUGGUAUGAUUGCUAUCCGCCAUAUGGUCAUGGCAGAUCAAGCUGCGUCGGGAACCAGGGAUACCUCAUGCCGCCUCCUGGCUGGACUGCACUCGAAGGCUGUGGACUUUUCCAAAACUGGUAUUCCCGUGAACAUGGAGGACAUGCCUAGAGUGAACCGUUAUCGACCGGACUUUCUGGCGCCAGGGCCCCAAACACGCCUCUAUAAUAAAUCCAAGAUUGGACUUGAGCAGCAUGUUUCACAUGCAAACUAUGAUGAUGACGACGACGACGCUGAUGUAGAGGAGCCCUAUCGCUACUAUAAGUCAGAGAAGAUCCUUGGAAAACUCUACAGGGCCAUCGAUGAGCAAAGCAUUUGGCGCAAACACGUCCUUUCUGAGUCUGAAACGGAUGAGGAAUUCUUUUGGAAUAGCGUGAUAGAUGACUGUCUCAGGAGGUGCAAGUCAUUGCCAAGAACCCCAAAGGAGGAACAUCUUGACGAAGCAAAGAGAAUUCGAGCAGCAUACGACGACGCAAUCAUUUCUGCGAUGGACACCUACUCUGACCAUCCAACCAAGCCUAUCAGCGAGCUAGAAGUUGUUAUCGGGUCCAUCAUCAACAGGAGGGGUGUACAGACCCGCCGCCAACGUGACCGAUCAAAUAAGCUACACGAGGAGUUUGACCGGAUUGCUACAUGGAUCACAAGCAUCAUGCGCCGGCAGGAGAUCGAGGACCCUGAUCCUAAUGGCUUGGAGCUAUCUCUGGCGUGUCUUUAUCAUGGAAUCCAAGGGAGCGAUUCCGGCCACCGCAAGGAGGUAUACGGUGAGCUUAAGAGCUUCCGAGUUGUCGCGGCCUGUGCACUGUUAGCCGAGUUAGAUCAUCGCGACAAGGCUGAUCCGAAGAAUUGUUUUACUAUGUGA